CGCGAGGCGGAAUUAAGAGACGGCUUCAAGUUGCAGACAGAAGGCGGAUUAUACAACUGGCUAGGUCUUCCCGCAUUGUGUUAAACUGGAAGACUGUGCGAGAAAGAAAAAAAGAGUGCCGUGUAUCUCCUGAACAGACACUCAAAAAAGCGGAGCGAAACACGCCAGAAUAUCAGUUGCAAGCUGAGCGGUCACCACGCAUGCUUCUGCGAGCCACACUAGAGACCGGUGCCCGCACACGCGGUCAGUGGACAACUGGAAUUAAACGUAUGCAGCGCCCCGCAUUCUGCUGCACAGGGAAGGGAACUUGCUCUUGCUAGCCACGCUACUGGUGGGCUACUCGUCUGCUACUAGAGAACAAAAAAGGAGGCUAAGAGAACAAACUCAGGACUAAUUAAAGAUCGGCGGGCUUAUCUGGCGAAUUUAAAACUGGCUAAUUACAAUUUCCCCAGAACAUCUGAUUGGACUAGCUCCGGAGGUGUACUAGCUGAAGAAAGCCAGCCUUGGGCAGUCUCCUUGGUGCAGCUGCCAAUACUUUAUUGAGCAGGUGCUUUCGGCAAGAUAAUAAUCCUAAUAAGUAGUGAAGUAUGGUACAGCAAACCAGCAACACUGAAAAUAUGGAAGCGGUGCUGGCAGGAGAGUCCAACGAUUCUGGCGCUAUGGACCUGGGUAUGGCGUCCUCCCCGGCUCCUGGGUCUACAGCGUCUGCGGGGGAUAAAAUGGACCCGGCCUGGUGUAAAACCCCCAGCGGACACAUUAAACGACCCAUGAACGCUUUUAUGGUGUGGUCGCAGAUCGAAAGGCGAAAAAUCAUGGGGCAGUCGCCUGACAUGCACAACGCGGAGAUUUCUAAAAGACUGGGUAAGCGCUGGAAGCUACUCAAAGAUAGCGACAAGAUCCCGUUUAUCCGGGAGGCAGAGCGACUCCGGCUCAAACACAUGGCAGACUACCCAGACUACAAGUACCGGCCACGGAAGAAGGUCAAGUCGAGCAGCUCUAAGCCGGUGGACAAGGUGGAGAAGGCUAACGGCUGCACUGGCAGCAGCGGCAGCACCAACGGUAGCAGUAAGUCAUCAAUGAAGAAGAGCAGCGCGGGCAAAUCGUCCGGUAAGCCGCAUAAGAUCGUGCUGGCCUCCAAAACUGCAUUCUCGGGGCAGAGCUCUCACGCCGUCGCGACAGAUCACUAUUCCCUGCACAAACCCCGCUCAGUGUCCGCCGCCAAGCACAUCCCUGUGAAGAAGGCGAAGCGGGUUUACAUCUUCGGGGGUAGCAGCCACGGGCUGAGUUCUUCUGCAGUUGCCGUGCCGGCCAGUCCGACUCUCAGCAGCUCUGCAGAAUCCAGCGAUCCUCUGAGCCUCUACGAAGACGGGGCCGGCAGCAGCAGCGAGGCACCUCACUCCCCGUCCGAAGCGCACCAGUACGCCAACAUGAGGGCAUCCUCUCCGACCCCUUCAGCUUCGCACUCCUCCGCAUCUUCCUCCCAUUCCUCCUCCUCCUCGUCCUCGGACGAGGAACUCGACGAUGACUUACUCGACCUGAACCCGAGCCCCGGCUUUGACAACAUGUCUUUGGGAAGUUUCGGCUCCUCGGCAUUGGACAGAGACCUGGAUUUUAACUUUGAAUCGGGUUCCGGAUCUCAUUUCGAGUUCCCCGAUUACUGCACCCCGGAGGUGAGCGAAAUGAUUUCAGGGGACUGGCUCGAGUCGACCAUCUCUAACUUGGUGUUCACGUAUUGAGCAAGUGGAGGGGGGACUUUGGCUUAUUUUGGUUGAACUGUUUUUGAACCCCUCACACUAAAAAGGGACUUUUUAAACGAGAAAAAGAAAGAUAUAAUAAUAAUAAUAAUAAUAACACCUAACUCGAGACUGAAGCGAGUCUCUCAAGGGUGGUCCGGCAUUAAGAAAGCGACAACGACGAACUGCAAGUUGAGAACUUGCGUUUUUAUUUCGGCGAGCGGUCCCGAUCUGUGCCGAGUAGGAAGAAGACGAAGGGGAGAAGGAUGAAGGGCGACCCGAUCGGGGAGGGUCCCGCUACGAACUGGAAACCUGACAUUGAUUUGCACGUAACAAGAAGGCGGACGGACCUUCGCCAGACUUAAACCGAUGUGCUUCUAAAGGGACUUUUGAGGGUGAACUCUUUGGCAACAAUAAAAUAAAGCAAAAAGGCGAAAGCCAGGCAACUUCACAGGUACAGGAAUAGGCUUCAUUGACCAGAAAAGACAGUGUUUUUUCCACCCCGCCCCCUACUCCCGAAACCGGGUGUGUGUGGGUUGUUUCGCAGGUGGGUUGAUUUCUAUUAAAAAGGAGCAUGUUAUAUUGUUAUCUUUUCUGUGAAAGACUGUUGAGCAGUUACAACUAGUGUUAGGAUUAUUUAAACGACAAAAAAAAAAAAAAAACCGGAUAGAUGGCGCUAUGUUUGAUUCCUACAGAAAUCACCAGCUCUCUUUUUCUUUUCAUUCUAUUAACUCCUUAGGAUUCAAACGCAACUCAAAUCUGUGCUGGACUUUAUACUUUUGAUGUACAAUUCAGGACCAAAUUUUCUCAGAUCACGUCUCAGAUUUUUUUUAGGUGACGAGAACGGUUCGUUUGUCAGUCUGUGUGUUUCGCUCCCUCACCGAUGUUUCAUCCCUCGUUAUUUUAUCCCUUGUAAAUGUAAGCAGAUGCCAUUUUAUAUACGGAUUGUAUUUAUACUGGCCAAACAUUUUUUUUUUUUUUGAAUUUUUUUUUAUUUGUUUGGUAGGUCUUGUUAUGUAUACCUGCACCGUUUUGUCUCCUUCACCGAAGGGCUAGAGUUUUAACUUUUAAUUUUUUUUUUAUAUUUAAAUUGUAGACUUUUGACACUUUUAAACAAAAAAGAGGAAAAAGAGAAGAAACGUUUGAUUAUUUUCUCAGUGUAUUUUUGUACAAAAAAUAUAAAGGGGUGUCAAUCGGUGUUAGCCACCGCUGUUUUGGAUUUCCGAAUUUUAAGAUCAAGGACUGGGGGGGAAGCGUGUGCUCUCUCCUGAAAUCGCGCUCCCCUCCAAAUGUUUACACACCAGUCAAUCUGCAGGCGUCUUCUUAAAGACACAGUAUCAGCUUUUUCAAAAAACCGGAGCACUUCACUUAUCUUGCACCUCGGGCUUUUUUAAAAUGUUAUUCCUUCCUUACGAGUAAAACGUGUCUGAUUUACCCGAGGCGGCAUGAAAAAGUCAUACUGUAGCUUUAAAAUCAUUUCUUGGCGCUUUUUUUUUUUACAUUGCAAAGCAAAAAAAAAA